AAAGCCAACCAAAGAACGCAUCCGCAGACUCCCGAGUUCCGAGUCUGGACGACUAGUCCUGCGUCGAUCAACUCUCUCUCCUCCCAAGAAACACAUUCAGAGACGACGGCCGCCGAGAGGCAGAGAGAAAAAGAGCUCUUAUCAUCAUCACAGUGAGAGAGAAUCUCGAUAAUCCUUUUUUUAGCCUCAGCAAGAGAAGCCGAUCUGACGCUCUCUUAUUAUAAUUGACAUUCACUCGACCAAUUUACUAUAAAGAAAUGGGGACGCUUCAGACUUGGAGAAAAGCCUAUGGCGCUCUCAAAGACUCCACCAAAGUCGGUCUCGCUCAUGUCAAUAGCGAUUAUGCGGAAUUGGAUGUCGCUAUUGUCAAAGCAACCAAUCACGUCGAGUGUCCACCCAAAGAGAGGCAUCUUAGAAAAAUCUUGGUUGCCACGUCAGCGAUUCGUCCUCGUGCUGAUGUUGCUUAUUGUAUUCAUGCUCUUUCCCGCCGAUUGGCCAAAACCCAUAAUUGGACGGUAGCGUUGAAAACAUUGAUUGUCAUCCAUAGAUUAUUAAGAGAGGGUGAUCAUACUUUCAGAGAAGAACUACUUAAUUUCUCACAGAGAGGACGCAUUCUCCAACUUUCUAACUUCAAGGAUGAUUCAAGUCCUAUUGCUUGGGAUUGCUCUGCUUGGGUACGUACAUAUGCUUUAUUUUUGGAGGAGCGGCUUGAAUGCUUUAGAAUUCUGAAGUAUGACAUUGAAGCUGAGCGUCUUCCAAGACCUGCUGAAGGUCAAGAUAAGGGCUACAGCAGAACCAGGGAUUUGGAUAGUGAAGAAUUGUUGGAACAGUUGCCUGCAUUGCAGCAGCUGCUGUAUCGCCUUGUUGGUUGUCGGCCUGAAGGUGCAGCUGUUAGCAAUUAUGUUAUACAAUAUGCUCUAGCGCUGGUGUUGAAAGAGAGCUUUAAGAUAUAUUGUGCCAUUAAUGAUGGAAUUAUCAAUCUUGUGGAUAAGUUUUUCGAGAUGCCUAGGCAUGAAGCUGUCACUGCCCUUGACGUCUACAAACGUGCCGGCCAGCAGGCUGGUAGCCUUUCCGAUUUCUAUGAAAUUUGCAAAGGAUUGGAACUUGCUAGGAACUUCCAGUUUCCUGUUUUGAGAGAACCUCCACAAUCCUUUCUUACAACCAUGGAAGAGUAUAUAAGAGAGGCACCCAGAAUAGUUUCUAUUCCAAGCGAGCCACUGCUCCAAUUAACAUACAGACCGGAUGAGGGUCCUGAUGAACCUGAAGAGACCAUAGUACCCAGUGAUGAACCUGAGCCAGUUCCUUCAGAUGAUGUUGCUGUCUCCAAUGUUGAGAUAGCACCUCCCACUCCUAUUACACCUCAAAGCAACAUGGACACUGUAGAUUUACUGGGAUUGAGUUAUGGCGCACCUGAUGCAUCAGCCAUUGAAGAAAGAAAUGCUUUGGCUCUGGCCAUAGUGCCACAGGAUACUGCUCCAACAUUCAAUUCUGGUGCCGGUCAAGCAAAAGAUUUUGAUCCUACUGGAUGGGAGCUUGCACUGGUUACCACUCCGAGCAGUAAUAUCUCUUCAGUUAAUGAGAGGCAAUUGGCUGGUGGAUUGGACUCGCUCACUUUGAACAGUUUGUAUGAUGAAGCAGCAUAUCGAGCCGCCCAGCAGCCUGUUUAUGGUUCACCAGCUCUGAAUCCAUUUGAGGUACAAGAUCCAUUCACAAUGUCAAACGGCAUUGCUGCUCCAUCCUCAGUUCAGAUGGCAGCAAUGGGUCAACAGCCUCCCAAUCCCUUUGGUCCUUACCAACCUACCUAUCCACAGACAAUGCAGCAGCAAAAUUUGAUAAUGGGCGCUACAAAUCCUUUUGGUGAUACAGGGUUGGGUACAUUUCCUGUGAAUCCUGUCGCUCAUCCUCAUCCUAACAAUCCAUUCGGAAGCACAGGCCUUUUAUAAUCACACAUAUAUGGACAUAGGUGAUGCAGUUGGUUUUUGUGCAUUGAAAAUGAGGAAAGAUUGUAGACCCACAAGAUUGAUGGCUUGCGGCAUGAAUCGUGUUUGUUUGGGUUGUAAAAGUUGGCAAGUGAAUAGUGUAUUAUGCAUAACCGGUUGAUAACAAUUGUAAGUGAUUUUUGAAAAAUCUUUCCCUCUGCCCCACUCGCCCAUAUGCAUUUGUGAUGUCUCAGUAAAAUAUGAAACCAAGAUGUUGUCUUCUCA